AGCCCAGUUUCUUCCAGCCCUAAACGCUUUGCACCGUUUCUUUGGGAGCACGACAUCAUGUUGCUUUCAAUCAAACACAUUUUUCAAUUUUCCUUUCUCUUUUCUCUCUAUUCACUGCCAAACUGGAAGCACAUAUGACCGCUGAUGCAUAUACAAUUUACCUCACUUUGGAGAUUCAACUUUCCUUAUAAUCAAUUCAACCGGGGUUAGGUCAUGGCAGCCAUGAAGAUAAUUGCAAUAUGUCAGUCUGGUGGCAAGUUUGUUACCGGGAAAGAUGGUUGUCUGUCAUAUAAAGGUGGUGAUGCUCAUGCAAUCGACAUUGAUAAUCAAAUGAAGUUUGAUGAGUUCAAGGUUGAAGUGGCAGAAAUGUUUAAUGUUAGAGCUGAUAGCAUGUCUAUCAAGUAUUUCCUUCCUGGUAAUAAGAAGACCCUCAUUACAAUUUCGAAUGACAAGGAUCUACAACGAAUGAUUAAAUUUCAUGGGAGUUCUUCUACUGUUGAUAUCUAUAUACUUAUUGAAGAGGUACUUGCCCUUGAGGUGUCAAACAUGCCUGCCAGUAGGUCAAGUAGAACAACCUUGUCUGAAACAGUAGCAGCAGCACCCACACCACUCAAUGUUUGUCACACUCCUGUUGCUGAUACUGUGCUUGAUGUUGUUCGUGAUACCAAUGAAAUUUAUACAAAUAUGGACAUGGACAUUCCUCAAGAAGUUUCGCCCAGUCUCCCUAUCAAUUCCUCAAACGAUGAGAAGUAUGCCAAAGGGGCACAGCAGUGGCAGAAUACUAUAACUGGUGUGGGUCAAAGCUUCAGCAGUGUACAUGAAUUUCGAGAAUCCUUGCGUAAAUAUGCAAUUGCUCAUCAAUUUGCCUUUAAAUAUAAGAAAAAUGAUAGUCACCGUGUAACUGUUAAAUGCAAGGCAGAAGGCUGUCCUUGGAGAAUUCAUGCGUCAAGGUUGUCUACUACUCAGUUGAUAUGUAUCAAGAAAAUGAAUCCAACUCAUACUUGUGAUGGGGCUUUUGCAACAACAGGGCAUCAAGCAACUAGGAGUUGGGUGGCGAGUAUUAUAAAGGAGAAGUUGAAAGAUUUUCCGGAUUACAAGCCCAAGGACAUUGUCAAUGACAUCAAGCAGGAAUAUGGAAUUCAACUUAACUAUUUUCAGGCAUGGCGUGGGAAAGAGAUUGCUAAGGAGCAGCUUCAGGGUUCUUAUAAAGAGGCAUAUAGUCAGUUACCUUUCUUCUGUGAAAAAUUAAUGGAGGCUAAUCCUGGAAGUCUUGCCAUGUGCACUACAAAGGAGGAUUCAAGCUUUGAUCGUCUCUUUGUAUCACUUCAUGCUUUAUUGCAUGGCUUCCAACAAGGAUGCCGACCACUGAUUUUCCUUGAUAGCAUUCCACUGAGAUCAAAAUACCAAGGGACAUUAUUGGCAGCAACAGCUGCAGAUGCAGAUGAUGGUGUAUUUCCUGUUGCCUUUGCCAUUGUUGAUGAUGCUGAAUCUGACGAUAGCUGGCAUUGGUUCUUACUUCAACUCAAAUCAGUACUGUCAACAUCUUGUCCCAUAACAUUUGUAGCAGACAGAGAGAAGGGGCUGAAAACUUCAAUUGCAGAGAUAUUUGAAGGUUCAUUUCAUGCAUACUGCCUACGAUACUUUACUGAGCAACUUUUUAGAGACUUAAAAGGGCAGUUUUCUCAUGAGGUAAAGCGACUCAUGAUUGAGGAUUUAUAUGCUGCUGCUUAUGCAACCAAACCAGAAGGCUUUCAGAACUCAAUGGAGAGCAUUAAAAAGAUUUCUGAAGAGGCCUACAAUUGGAUUAUUCAAAAUGAACCCCAGAACUGGGCAAAUUCAUUUUUUCAAGGUACUAGGUAUAAUCACAUGACAUCAAACUUUGGGGAUUUGUUCUAUAGUUGGGCAGCUGAUGCAGAUGAAUUGCCGAUAACACAGAUGGUUGAUGUAAUUAGGGGUAAGAUUAUGGAGUUAAUUGUUGCCAGAAAGGCAGCAUCUGAUCAAUGGGAUACUAGGUUGAGUCCAUCUAUGGAGGAGAAGCUGAAGAAGGAAAGCCAAAGAACUCAUUCAUUUUCAGUUCUACAAUCAACCUGUAGCACCUAUGAGGUUUGCGGUGAUGUAACUGAGGUCGUUGAUAUUGACAGAUGGGAAUGUAGUUGCAAAUCCUGGCAGCUGACUGGUGUGCCAUGCUGCCAUGCCAUUGCUGUCAUUGGUGGCAUUGGCCAGAGUGUUUAUGAUUAUUGCUCCAGAUACUGUACAACUGAGAGCUACAGGUUGACUUACUCAGAGGUUGUACAUCCAAUUUCAUGUGUGGAAUUGUCUGCUUCAAAAGACUCUCAGCUUGUGGUAACAGUAACCCCUCCUCCUACCAAAAGACCACCUGGUCGGCCAGCUACAAAGCGAUUUGGAUCUCAAGAAGUAGUCAAGCGCCAUCUCCAUUGCAGCCGAUGCAAGGGACUAGGGCACAACAAGUCUACUUGCAAGGAGUAAAUAUUGUGCUGGACACCAUCCAGUUUCAGCCAAGGAUCGCUAGCACAGGGAUUUGUACAAUGCAUCUAACUGCUCCUGUGAAGGGAUUGAAAAAAAUAAAGUAGAAUUACAGUAGUUUAGUUGUAUAAUAAGCAUGGUAGCUCGAUGGUAUUUAGUAUUCUUUUGCACAUGUAUUGCUAGUUUAAAUUCAUGCUGUAAGCACUCAUCGUUGUUAUGCUUGGAAUCUUGACGAGUUCGAUUCCCUUGUCUGAAAUCUCUCCCUAGUCGGAAUAAAUGCAAUGAAUGUGUGGCAGACUAAUAAAAUUGGCGAAGGACCACUCUGCCCGAUACGUAUUUUAAGGCCACAUUACAUUUGCAUCAUGUCACAUGGGAUUCUCUAGGUUCUAGCUCGUUACAGGCAAAUAAUUGGUCUGCUUUGGUAGUUUUUCGACCAAUAAAUUGUGCUUGCACAGUUGCACUACAUUGUAAAUACAAAGUCUAUAAAGAGUAGAGACAUUGAGGACUUGUCUACUGGAUUGUUUAGAAGUUGAGUACAGUUGAAUUGUUUUUUAUUUAUUGAAUGUAAUUGAAACCAGUGCGUGUUUAAAUUAGUUCAGUCAAUUUGCUUUGAAUCAUGCAUGGUGUAGCCUUAUCUUGACUAGAAUAAUUUAAACUUUUGAAAUUAACUAGGGCCGUCUUCGUUGGCCGUGUUCAUUUUGAAGGAACGUUACUAAGCAAAUUUCAUGGAUUGUCUAAUUCCGUGUGAGGAGAAAUUAUAAACAGGUAAUAAUUUUUCCCAUGGGUGGGGCUUUUACUCUGAUGGUUGGGUGGAUCCUUGCCUCUAUUUUUCCUUUCAUCUACACUCUCGCCUCUCACUUUCCCCCUUUUGCAGUCACCAUCAUCAUCCGCUAUCUUUUUUCAAACUUUCAGUUUGUAUUUUGUUUAUAGCACCCUCUUUGUUUUCCUUUCACAUUUUCCGUUCUAACUAAUCUUGUUCAUUUGCAAUUGUAGAGAAACCACCAAAGGCACUUAGGCAACACUGGCUCCCUUAGAUUUGUUGCUUUUCAUAAGCUUUUUUACACAAUAUUACUCAGGCUUGUCGGUUGUUUUGGGUCGUUUCGAUUGA